GCUGACAGUGUUGUUUUACUUGCCAUUACUUGCACAGUCGACGAUACUCCGUCUCCCUUGUCAAACCUUUGCCGAAUUCACAGUGUUCCACAUGGGCAAAGCUCUUAAAGGCCACGUAAUCAAAACGGAACGCGAUGUGGACGACAUUGGAUGCACGAGGAAGUGCGUGGAGCACCACAAAUGUCGAUCAUACAACUUAAACGUUCAGACCAAAGAGUGCCAGCUCAACGAAAGGCGACAUGGAGAAAACGGUACGCAGUUGGUUGAUGCUCCUGGUUGGUUGUACAAAUCGACUGAUUACAGCAAAAAGUUGAUUGGUGCGACAUGCCGAGCUCUUAACCCAUGUCCUUCUCACAUCCUAUGCAGAGAUACAUGCACAAGCCCGUUUUAUGAAUGCGUUCAUUGCGAUGAAAACCAUCAUGAGUUGCACUGUGACAUUCCACUUGAUAAAAACGACUGCGAGAAGAACCCUUGUCAGAAUGGCAAGUGUGUGGAUGAACAUGCCAGUUAUUUUUGCCUUUGUGAUCCAGGCUUUACGGGAAGGAAUUGUGAAUCAGUCACAGACAUAAAUGAGUGCGAGAGCCUUCCUUGUUUUAAUGGAGGAACAUGCAGAAACGACGUGAACAGAUUUCAAUGUAACUGUCUUGCUGGAUAUUCAGGAACUCAUUGCGAAGAAGAUAUCAACGAAUGUGCCAGUAUUCCCUGCCAGAAUGGAGCCACUUGCAUUGAUAGAGUCAACGAAUAUACCUGCAACUGUUUACCAGGCUACACAGGAAAAAGAUGCCAAACUGAUGUUAAUGAAUGUGCCAGCAGCCCAUGCCGAAAUGGAGCCACUUGCAUUGAUGAAGUCAACAGAUACUCUUGUAACUGUGUACCAGGCUACACAGGACAACAAUGCCAGACUGACUUUAACGAAUGUGCCAGCAGCCCGUGCCGAAAUGGAGCCACUUGCGUUGAUGAAGUUAACAGAUACUCUUGUAAUUGUGUACCAGGCUACACAGGACAACAAUGCCUGACUGAUAUUGACGAAUGUGCGAGCAGCCCGUGCCCAAAUGGAGCCACUUGCGUUGAUGAAGUCAACAGAUAUUCUUGUAACUGUGUACCAGGCUACACAGGACAACAAUGCCAGACUGAAAUCAACGAAUGUGCCAGUACCCCAUGUCAAAAUGGAGCCACGUGUGUCAAUAGAAUCAACAAAUAUUCUUGCAGCUGUUUACCAGGCUACAUGGGACAAGAAUGCCAGACUGACAUUUAUGAAUGUGCCAGCAGUCCAUGCCAAAAUGGAGGGACUUGCGUUGAUAGAAUCAACGGAUAUACAUGCACCUGUGUCGCAGGCUACACCGGACAACAUUGUCAGACUGCUCGAGAUUACGUCGGCUGCUACAAAGAUAGUAGAACGAGGGCACUCCCGCAUGUGAGAGGGCUAGACGUUUCCGCAGGGCAUCUUACAGCUAACUGCAUACAGGCUUGUUUCGCAUCCAAUCAGGCAUACGCGGGGCUGCAAGCUGGUCGUCAAUGCUUUUGUGGAACAUCAUAUGACAGAUACGGGAUAGAUGGAGACAGCUCUUGCUCUUCACAAUGCCGAGAUAGCACUGGAAUGUAUUGUGGUGGAGGCUGGAGAAAUUCCGUUUACAAAACAGGCAAGAUUCUCAAUACAUACAAAUGCUUGCUACUUGUAAAAUACAUUUUUUAAAAUAAAUUACAAAAUAUUUCGUAGUAAUCACCAAAAGAACUUAAUAGACCAUUUUAAAGCUAUACAGGUAUGACUGAACCAGGGCACAUAGUCAAAACUCAGAUCUUAGAAGAAAUCUCAAAAAAGUAAGUACAAGGAAAUUGAUCAAAAUUAUUUAACAGAUUGUUCAACUGGCUUUUUCUCUCAUACAGGCUACAUUUCACGUAAAAGACGAUGAAUUUGGGCUUAAAAGAUGCAAAGAUUCUGAAGAAAAGGUUGAAAAGUACGGAACCUUGUCAAGUUGGGGGUUUGAAAACAUUGUCAUGACCACUGACCAUUAAAACUCUUGGUCAGAGUUGUAUUUAAGUUUAGCUUAAUUUUGCUUACUUCAAAGUUUAGCAUUGUAAAUAAAAAUUAGCGCGAAAAAAAUCAUAUCUAAAAAUUUAUUGUUAGUUAUGUUAUUGAUUAAAAGUUUUCGUUUAGGAAAUGUCAUUUGCUAAUGUUUUGGCUUCCCUUGAAGUGAAUAUUGCCAAAGAAUUUACGCAAGAUUAAUCUUGCCUUAAAGUUUAUUGAAAAAUUAAGAACAGGCAACCUGCACCUUCAUUCUCUGGUUCUUUGAAACUAACAGAAUGUACCCAGAAAGCAUUAUAUGAGAUGUAUUUAUUGAUUGAAGGAUUAAUUGAUUGUAGUGCAGUGAUUUAAGUGAUUGCAGUGACUGAUUGGUUGAUUAUAAUAUAAUAAUAAUUAUAAAUAAUUUGUUUAAAGUUGGCCUACUAAAUGAACGUAUGAUAGCUAAUAAAGAAGCUAAUUAAGGUCAACUAUCUAUAAAGAAUUAGUAUUAAAUAAAUAUAUGAUACAAUAUUAAAAAUAUUUAUGCAGCGACUGAUAUGGUAUAGCGCUAAAAUGUUUAUGCAACGUUACAAUAUUAAAAAUGUUUAUGGUAUAAUGUUCUGAAUAAAACCUAAUCCAGCAAUAAAUAUUUUACACAAUCUACAGUCGCAUUCUAUAGGGUGUGCUCUUAAUCCUUUUUUAAUUGUUGCCAAUGAUUGGGACUCUCUUAUACUGUAAGGUAGUGUUUGCCACAGUUUUUGACCUAAAUAUCUCACAGUUUCUAUACCAUAAGAAGUUGUCCUGGCUUUUGGAAUGCAAAGAUUAUUUUUAGUUCGCAAAUCAUGAUGUACAUUUCUUGUUUCAAAAAUUUAUCGUAGAAAGUCUACUGUUUCAUUAAAGAGUAGGUUCGUGCAUGGCCAUAAAAAGCACAGAAA